UUUCCUCGUUUUCCUUUCACGCGCACUGUUUUUCUUUUGAACCAGCUAAAGACAGUCGUGCCCGUCGUGCCUUGAUGGUUUCGUAACCCGCGGCUCGUCGGCAAGUCGAAAAGUGUGUAUAGCAGAACAACAAAGUACAGUGGCAGGAGGAAAAGCGCAGAACGGAUUGAUCAUCAAGCGAAAACUCGGUGGGGGAGUGUAUUUUUGCUGGAAGUUGAUGCCACGAGAGUUAUUCCCGGUGUUUGCUAAUCUUUUGGAAACAGGAAGGAAAAAAUUAGAUUAGGCAGUGUUGAUUCGACAUUAAAUGAAAGGUUCAUUGAUCGCAAUCGAAAGCAGUGUCUGGUGCUUCAAGAGCACGGAAAGGUGCGAGGAAGAGACGUGAAGCAUAAUUUUAUGUUGAUUUAAUGCUGUGGGACCGCUUUAUGCGCCGUUGACCCCCACCGAACAGAAGCCAAAGAAGAGUCGUGGGAGCCGUUUUGAUUGUUUUUAAUCUGCGAAGAGAAAAAUCUCGCGGAAUCUUUAUAAAAAAUCCCUUUGUGCAGAUAUUGAUGGUGUAGCAAUUUUAACAAUCGAUUGUUACUCUUCCCUAGAUGUGAGUAAGGUGGACUGAUUUGGGGGAGAUAGGAAUAAAGAAUUGCACACGAUAAUGGUGGCAUGGUCUGCAUCACAUCGGCGGCAUGUACGGAUUCUACUUGUGGGGGAUCAGGGCGUAGGGAAGACGUCCCUAAUCCUUUCGCUCGUUAGUGAAGAGUUUCCGGAAGAUGUGCCCACUAAAGCAGAGGAGAUUACUAUCCCGGCUGAUGUCACGCCGGAACAGGUUCCAACCAACAUCGUGGAUUAUUCUGCUACCGAACAACCGGAUGAAGCCCUGGCGGAAGAAAUUCAGAAAGCGCAUGUCGUUUGUAUAGUCUACUCGGUGGAGUGCGAUGAAUCAUUGGAUAGAAUUACCACGCACUGGCUCCCUGUGAUCCGGGAGUAUUCCGGUGAGCAGCGUAAACCCGUCGUACUCGUUGGAAAUAAAAUUGAUCUCAUCGAUUACUCAACAAUAGACCAUGUCUUGUCGAUUAUGGAGGACUUCCCAGAAGUGGAAAGUUGCGUGGAGUGCUCCGCGAAAACAUUGCACAAUAUCUCGGAAAUGUUCUACUACGCACAAAAGGCGGUUCUUCAUCCGACAGCACCACUAUAUAUCAUGGAGGAACAAGAUCUAACCGAUGCUUGCAAGAAAGCUUUGAUACGGAUAUUCAAAGUGUGCGACAUUGAUGGGGAUGGUCUGCUGAACGACUACGAACUGAAUCAUUUUCAACGCCGGUGUUUCAAUGCGCCACUGCAGCCUCAGGUCCUGGAUGAAGUGAAAGCCGUUUUAAUGAAAAAUACCCCAGAUGGAAUUCGUAAUGAUUCAGUAACACUAAAGGGCUUCCUCUUUCUUCAUUGCCUAUUCAUCCAACGCGGACGUAACGAAACGACUUGGGCUGUAUUGCGUAGAUUUGGUUACAACGAGAACUUGGAAAUGAGCUCAGAUUAUCUUCAUCCAACCGUAAAAAUCCCGCCAGGCAGCAGCACCGAACUAUCCCAUCGUGGUCAGCAAUUUUUGAUCUCGUUAUUCGAGAGAAGCGAUCGUGAUGGCGACAAUGCACUUUCCCCGGAGGAGUUCCGUGUUGUGUUCAGCGCCUGCCCUUGCCCACCAUUUUCAACCGAUAUCAAGCGAACCGUCCCGACCAAUGAAAAUGGUUGGCCAACGCUACAUGGGUGGAUGUGUCGAUGGACACUGAUGACGCUAGUCGAUUUGAAUAAAACUCUGGAAUACUUGGCCUAUCUAGGUUUCAACGUACAUGAAAACGAGUCCCAGUUGGCGGCAAUACACAUUACCCGAGAGCGGAGAAUAGAUUUGGCUAAGAAACAGAAUAGUCGAUCCGUUUACAUGUGUCACGUGAUUGGUCCCAAAGGGUCUGGCAAAACAGCAUUCUGUCGAGCAUUCUUAGCUGAAGAUAUGAGAAAAUUGACAGACAAAGAUAUACGAGGUACGAACCAGUUUGCCAUCAACACCGUUCAGGUUUACGGGCAGGAAAAAUAUCUGGCUCUGCGAGACAUUGACGUUCGCCAAGUGCUGGACCCGUUGCAACCGAGCGAAGUUAAUUGCGACGUGGCCUGCCUGGUGUACGAUAUCAAUGAUCCGAAAUCAUUCGAAUAUAUCGCGCGGAUAUACAUCAAGUACUUUGCCGAGAGUAAGAUUCCUGUUCUGAUAGUCGGUGCCAAGGCAGAUAUGGAGGAAAUUCGGCAGGAGUAUCUGCUGCAGUCGCCGGAUUUCUGCCACAAGUAUAAACUACUGCCACCGCAGUACUUCAGCAUCAAACACAACAAAAAGGACAUCUACACGAAGCUGGCGACGAUGGCUGCAUUUCCUCGUUUCCAAGCCGCGUGGAUUCUUUUCUAUAAACAUAGAUUGGUGCAGUUAUGGGAACAAACUCACCUGAAACAGUUCAACCUAAUGUCCAGCGAUCCGUUGCUGUGGUGGAAGGCAGGCCUUGGGAUCGCAGCAGCCACCAUAGUUGGGUUUUUCGUUGUGAAGGCGUUCCAUGGUUCCAGCUCGCACGCGCGAUGAAUCGGUCUAGCCACUUAUUAGAAACAUAGGAUCUUCAUCAGGUAGAAAUGAGUUCUGAAAACAAACAUAAAUUUUACCAAUCGACGUGACAACAGAAGCGGCGAGUGCGCUGUCGUUGCGUUUGGGUUUAUUGUAAAUAUUCAUCACUGAAGAUUACGGUUACAAAGUUGUAUUUGGCUAAAACUGUUCAGAAGAACUUCUACAGAAAUUAUCGCAAUGUUUGCAAUAGUAAGUUGACUCGCUGCAGAAUUCCUAGCAAUGGCCAAUUUUAUAAUGGCAUCUAGUGGACUGGACUCUAUGCAACUUCUUCUAAAGUAUAUAACAAUAUAAACGCCAAAACUAAAGCUUAGCUUACUUCCUUAUUACCAGUAAUACACUGCAAUAAAUAUUUUAUUUUAUGAAACCAUCCAACUCAAUUCAGUUGGCGCAAUAUGAGUUGUUCUUAGACCUGCAUUGAAACACAAAAAACUACGUAAACGUACUAACUAGGUCGGCAAUCGCUUGAACUAUUCUAUUUUUCUUACUAUAUUGUGUAUUAGGCAACCACAAAAGUUCAACUCAAUGGACGCAGUGGUUCUACGCCCCAACAAAAAAAAUUAGGCAAGCAGCCCCUAGCCCAAAUUAAUUUCCAUUAUUUUAUCGAAGAAAUGUCAGAGUCUAGAAAUAGAACAGAGAAUGUAAAAUAGUUCGACGAUUAUUAAUGAUCGGAUAUAAAUAC